ACCGCGACGAACGCUAUCGAUCCUAUAAAGUUAUUAUGUAAUGUAGCAAAAGAGUAUGAUAUUUGGGUUCAUGUGGAUGCUGCUUAUGCAGGUUCAGCUUGUAUUUGUCCUGAAUUCAGACAUUACAUUGAUGGAAUUGAAGAUGUGAAUUCUUUUAGUUUUAAUGCCCAUAAAUGGUUUUUGACUAAUUUAGCAUGUUGUUGUCUUUGGGUGAAAGAUCACAGUGCUUUGACAAAAUCAUUGUCAACCUAUCCUGAAUACUUGAGGAACAUUAAUUCUGAUUCAAAGGAAGUGAUUGAUUACAAAGAUUGGCAAAUACCCUUGAGUAGGAAAUUCAAUUCGCUCAAACUAUGGAUGGUUAUCCGAAGUUACGGCGUCGAAAAUCUCAAGAAGUUUCUGAGAAAUCAUGUGGAAAUGGCUAAAACAUUUGAAGGACUAGUGAGGAAAGAUGAGAGGUUUGAAAUUGUCGUGCCGACGAGAUUCUCUUUGGUUUGCUUUAGGAUUUCUCCAUCGGCAAUCACUAUUACUAAUGGUAGUGAAGAUUGUUACUAUAUUGGAAAAAUGAUGAAUGAUGGAUAUUUGGUGAAUGAAGUUAAUCGUAAAUUGCUAGAUUCAGUUAAUGGUUCAGGUCAGACUUACAUGAGUCAUUGUGAGGUUGAUGGAGCAUUUGUUAUCAGAUGUGCAAUUGGUUCAACCUUAACAGAAGAGCAUCAUGUGACUAUGACAUGGAAAUUGGUUCAACAACCUGCAACUUUUCUAUUAGGAAACAAGCAAGCUUGUGAUACUCAAACUGGAUGAAGGGUUCCAUCUCAAAUUGCUCAUUUUCUGUCUAUUGUUUUUUCAUCUAUGUACUCAUCAAAUCUAUCAACCAUUUGAAGGUUUUCAUCGCAGAAUAAUCUUUUGUCUACUCUGUAAUAAAAUCUCUUAAAUUUGAUCUGUUGAUUGUUUCAA